AUGCCAGGGCCUUCGCCAGGGCUGCGCCGAGCGUUCCUCGGCCUCUGGGCUGCCCUGGGCCUGGGCAUCCUCGGUUUCUCAGCGAUCGCGCAGGAGCCUUUCUGGGCGGACCUGCAGCCCCGCGUAGCGCUCGUGGAGCGCGGGGGCUCGCUGUGGCUGAAUUGCAGUACCAACUGCCCUCGGCCGGAGCGCGGUGGCCUGGAGACCUCGCUGCGCCGAAACGGGACCCAGAGGGGUUUGCGCUGGCUGGCCCGGCAGCUGGUGGACAUCCGCGAGCCUGAAACUCAGCCCGUCUGUUUCUUCCGCUGCUCGCGACGCACUCUACAGGCGCGUGGGCUCAUUCGCACUUUCCAGAAGCCCGAUAGGGUAGAGCUGGUACCGCUGCCCUCCUGGCAACGGGUGGGCGAGAACUUCACCUUGAGCUGUCGGGUCCCGGGCGCUGGCCCCCGUGGGAGCCUCACACUUACCCUGCUGCGGGGCACCCAGGAGCUAGCCCGCCGCAGCUUCGUCGGCGAGCCACCCCGAGCGCGGGGAGCGGUGCUCACAGCCACAGUCCUGGCGCGGAGGGAGGACCACAAGGCUAACUUCUCGUGCCACGCGGAGCUGGAUCUGCGGCCGCAUGGUCUGGGACUGUUUGCGAAUAGCUCGGCCCCCAGAGAGCUCCGAACCUUUGUCCUGCCUCCAGAUACCCCGAGUCUCGUUGCUCCCCGACUUUUAGAGGUGGGCUCACAGAGGCCAGUGAGCUGCACUUUGGACGGACUUUUUCCCGCCCCAGAAGCCAGGGUUUACCUCGCUUUGGGAGACCAGAGGUUGAAUCCUGAUGUCACCCUCGAGGGGGACACAGUAAUGGCCACUGCUAUAGCCACCGCUAGCGAAGAACAGGAGGGUGCCAGGCAGCUGGUCUGCAACGUGACCCUGGGGGACGAAAGCCGCGAGACACAGGAAAACGUGACAAUCUACAGCUUCCCUGCACCUCUUCUGACCCUGAGUGACCCUAACGCCCCGGAGGGGAAAACAGUGACAGUAACUUGCACAGCCGGGACUCAAGCCCUGGUCACUCUGGAGGGAAUACCAGCUGCGGUUCCAGGACAGCCCGCCCUGCUCCAGUUAAACGUCACGGAGGACGAUGACAAGCGCGGCUUUUUCUGCGAUGCCACCCUGGAGGUGGAUGGGGAGACCCUGAGCAAGAACCAGAGCACUGAGCUGCGUGUCUUAUAUGCCCCCCGGCUGGACGACUCGGAUUGUCCCAGGAGCUGGACAUGGCCCGAGGGUCCAGAGCAGACUCUUCACUGCGAGGCCCGUGGAAACCCAGAGCCUUCGGUGCACUGCGCCAGGCCUGAUGGCGGGGCCGUGCUGGCGCUAGGCCUGCUGGGUCCAGUGACUCGCGCGCUCGCAGGCACUUAUCGCUGCACGGCGGUUAAUGUACAAGGCCAGGCUGUCAAGGAUGUGACCCUGACAGUAGAGUAUGCCCCUGCAUUGGACAGUGUGGGCUGCCCGGAACGUAUUACCUGGCUGGAAGGAACCGAGGCCUCGCUCAGCUGUGUAGCACAUGGGGUCCCGCCCCCUAGUGUGAGCUGUGUGCGCUCUGGGGAGUCAGAAGUUGUGGAAGGUCUACUUCUUGUGGGCCGAGAACACGCCGGCACUUACCGAUGCGAAGCCAUCAAUGCAAGAGGCUCAGCAGCCAAAAAUGUGGCUGUCACAGUGGAAUAUGGCCCCAGUUUUGAGGAGCUGAGCUGCCCUAGCAAUUGGACAUGGGUGGAAGGAUCGGGAAAGCUGUUUUCCUGUGAGGUCGAUGGGAAGCCAGAGCCUCGCGUGGAAUGCAUGGGCUCUGAGGGUGCCAGCGAGGGAGUGGCACUGCCGCUGGAAUCCUCAAAUCCGGGCCCCAGUGACUCUAUGACCCUUAGUGACCUGACACCUGGUAUCUACCUCUGCAACGCCACCAACAGACAUGGCUCCAUGGUCAAAACAGUCGUCGUGAGCUCGGAGUCACCGCCUCAGAUGGAUGAAUCCAGCUGCCCAAGCCAGCAGACUUGGUUGGAAGGAGCUAAGGUGACCGCGUUAGCCUGCGCUGCCCGGGGUCGUCCUUCUCCUAGGGUGCGCUGCACCAGAGAGGGUUCCACCCAGCCACUGCAGAAGCUCGUGUCCCGCGAAGACGCAGGGACCUAUCGCUGUGUGGCCACCAAUGCUCAUGGCACGGACUCCAGGACUGUCACUGUGGGUGUGGAAUACCGGCCUGUGGUGGCCGAGCUAGCCGCGUCUCCGCCCAGCGUGCGACCAGGCGGGAACUUCACUCUGACGUGUCGUGCGGAGGCCUGGCCCCCAGCCCAGAUCAGCUGGCGCGCGCCCCCGGGGGCGCUCAACCUUGGCCUGUCAAGCAACAAUUCCACGCUGAGCGUGGCGGGCGCCAUGGGCAGCCACGGUGGGGAGUACGAGUGCGCAGCCACCAACGCGCAUGGGCGCCACGUGCGGCGCAUCACAGUGCGCGUGGCGGGUCCGUGGCUGUGGGUCGCCGUGGGCGGUGCGGCGGGGGGCGCGGCGCUGCUGGCUGCGGGGGCCGGCCUGGCCUUCUACGUGCAGUCGACCGCCUGCAAGAAGGGCGAGUAUAAUGUCCAGGAGGCGGAGAGCUCGGGCGAGGCGGUGUGUCUGAAUGGCGCGGGCGGCGGCGCGGGGGCGGACAGUGGACCCGAGGCGGGGGACCCGGCCGAGUCUCCCGCAGGGGACGAUGUGUUCUCCAUCCAGCUGACGGCCGCGUGAGCCUAGCCCUCUCCCUGCUCCCCGCGGGCCGGGGCCGCCCCUGCACGCACACGGGGCACAGUCACUGCUCUACUUAAUUAUUUAUUCAACUCCAGGGGUGUCAUCCCCAUUUUCUACCCAUCCCCCAAUAAAGUUUUUAUAAAGGA